GGUAAGACUGCCAGACCGGAGGUUCUCAAGAAGAAUUUCCCGAUUUGGGUAGUAAUACGUCACCUUAGCGGGAGCGAGCCACUUUUUUUUUACACGCAUUAGCUGCAUCCUGCACACUUCUACCUUCAACCUUCAACCUCGACGCGACAGUCAACCGAACAGGAGACACGACAACCAACCUUCUGUAGCAGCAACGCAGCAAACGAUCUACCGACCACUGCUACGCCGAGAAAAAGACCUCUCUCUGAAGGACUCUUCAAAGUUACAAAUCACCAUUCUUACAUGACAGCAAGGGCAACGGAAUUGAUUCUAUGACAGGCCGUCCUCAGAGAUCUGCACCACAGUCGACGCUACAGGAACACACCUUUCCCAGGAUGGCAGCUGCACCUGCAGGCCAGUCGCAAACAGACCCAUCUAGGAGAGGCUUCAAGAACUUGCACAGUGACACACAGAGCAGUACAAAGCCCCAAGGCAGCUCUGGAAUGCGGGCGCGCUCUGACUCGAUGCCGGUUAAGAACAGGGAUAUGUCUGGAGUGUUCGCAGAUGACCUUCUGCGAAAGAUCAGCUCAAAGAUUACCAAGGACUCUACAGGUAGAGGCCAUGAUACCCAACACGACGAGAACAGUCAUCUCCGGGCACCCCUGAAUUCCAGGAUGGCGUCAAGAUCACGCCUGGAUGCUGACAAAUUUUCGAAGCAAGGGGGGCCUCAAAAAGCAGGGACACUGAGUCUUCAAAUGCAGGAGAGCGCCAUCAUCGAAGACCUGCUGUUUACAAUGAUGGGUAUCGAGGGAAAAUAUAUCACUAUGGUGCACCCAUCCAUAAGUGCCAAGGAUCAGGAUAUGGAUUAUGUUCAUUUGGAGUUCAAGUCCGAUGAAAGCCUUGACCCCUCAUUGCGGGACCUUGUAUCAAGGAUAUUACCACUCGCCUCUAUAUAUCUGUCACUAGAAGCAUUUGUUGAGCUGCGUUCACGGUUUGAGUACGGAUUCGUGAGUCAUGCGCUCUGCGCUGCAAUUAGGAAUCUUUUAAAGGAAUACCUGAUCUUGAUAGCCCAGCUGGAAACUCAAUUCCGCUCUUCACCUGAUUUUACCCUCCAAAAGCUGUGGUACUACAUUCAGCCAACAAUGCAGACACUGAGCUCUCUGGAUGUCCUCGUCGGCGUAAUACGGGAAGCAGGCAGGAAGGAGCCCCCCGCCGAUGAUAUAGAGGCGUUAUUAAACCCGAAGGAAGGAAUUCCUCUGGAGAGCAAAGGAGGCAGCAUUCUCGCUAUUAUUGCUGCUGGCAUGUUCAACAUGAGUGGGGAUCCAGUGACGAAAAAGCUGUACGGAUUUCUACUCAACAAGGCUUCUGUACCUUACAUUGCUAUGCUGGAAUCAUGGAUCCAUAAGGGCGAGAUCCGGGACCCAUACGAAGAAUUCAUGAUUGUAGAGAGUCGCAGGGUGAAAAAGGAGGGUCUUAAGCAAGACUUUAAUGAUGCCGACGCAUACUGGGAACAGCGGUACACGAUUAGGGGAAACUACGUACCCUCGUUCCUGGUCCCUCACAAAACAAAGAUCUUGCUCGCAGGGAAAUAUUUGAACGUGAUCAGGGAGUGCGGCAUCCACCUCUCCAGUUCCAAUGCUGAGCAAUCGAACCCUGCUACGAGUCAGGCCUUUGGAUCCUCGAACAACACAGAACGCAACGAUGUUUUGGCGGCGUUGAGCGGCGGCAGACUGGUGGACACGAUUGAUGAAGCAUAUCAAUACGCAAAUAGGAAACUACUGGAUCUACUGUUGGAGGACAAGCAGCUGCUCGGGCGACUUCGGUCAAUGAAGAGAUAUUUCUUCUUGGACCAGUCGGAUUACUUUACUCAUUUUUUGGACCUUGCCUCGGUCGAGUUAAAGCGGCCAUGGAGGGAAGUGUCAUUAACGAAAUUGCAGUCACUUUUGGAUUUGGUCCUCCGCAACCCAUCAUCUGUCACCGUUAACGACACCUUUAAGGAGGACCUCAAGGUCGAUAUGACUCAUCUCAGUCUGGUGGACCAGCUGCUUCGGAUCAUCAGCAUCAAAGGCCAGGCACAGGGUCAGACGCUAGGUCUGGGUGACCGUGUAGAGUCGAAGGCAUUCAAGGCACGAACACGCAGCCGCGCAAACAGUGGCGAAGGUCAUCAGCAACAUGUCUCCAAUGGCUCUUGGCAGGAUGAGGCGAUUGGUGGGACAUCGAUGGAGGGUGUCACUUCCGCUCUUGUGGAGCCCCCUACUCAAACCAAGGGAUCUCUCGCAGGAAUUGAUGCAUUCACUUUGGACUACUCGGUCAAGUUCCCAUUAUCACUUGUGAUAUCUCGCAAAGCCCUGACAAAGUACCAGCUUCUCUUCCGUCAUCUCUUGUACCUCAAGCACGGCGAACAAGUCCUUUGCAAUACCUGGACAGAGCACGCAAAGUCGAGUGUCUGGAAGAAUGCGUCGCCCGCGCUGAAGCAGUGGCGUGGACGAGUGUAUGGUCUACGCGCAAGCAUGUUGACAUUCGUGCAGCAGUUUGCGUACUAUGUCUGCUCUGAGGUGCUGGAACCCAACUGGAGAGAUUUGGCAUCCAAGCUGGCGAAGGUUUCUACUGUGGACCAGGUGCUACAAAUUCACUCUGAUUUCUUGGAUACAUGUUUGAACCAGUGCAUGUUGACGAACUCCAAGUUACUGAGGAUCUAUUCAAAGCUCAUGUCGACGUGUAUCAAGUUCACGAACUAUACUGACCGGUUCACGCGUGCACUGAUGGCGAUGGAGACGCAGCUGGAUGUCGAGACAGCGGCAAUGGCACCGUUAAGCCAGGUCCAACAGAUUGAAAAGGCUAUGCGGCGGCUGAACGAAUUUGAGGACGGGUUUAUCUACCAUCUGAAGCUUCUGAUCGACGCGCUGAACUUUUAUAGCGCGACUGAGACGGUGCAGUUUUUGUGCCUGGUUGUACGGUUGGAUUAUAACCAGUUCUAUGCGAACCAGCAGAGUAG